AUGACUAAAGAUCCUUUCGCGGAUUCAUUUGGGAACACUGAAUUUGCUGAGGUGGAGCAUGUUAAAAAAUGGUCUGAUCUUUUUGCAAAAAAAGUUGAUUUAAUGGCAAAUGACAUUAAGUCAGUUGCUAGUUCAGUUGCUUCCACUGAUUCAAAAAUUAACAUUUGUAAUGAAAGGAAUGCAAGAAAAAAUAACAUCAUUGUCUUCAAUCUUGUGGAAAACAGUCAUUUCUCGAAAGCAAAAGAUAAAGAGAUAAUGUCUGUCCUUUUUAAUGCUUUGCUACCUGAAACUGAUAUUAGCAAGGAGAUAUCAGACUGCUUUAGAUUGGGUAAAUUAACUGAAGAAAACCAAAGACCCAGGCCACUCUUAAUUAAGUUGAGCGGCUAUUCAUUAAGAACCAAAUAUUGGAAAGUUGCUUCAAAGGAUAGAGAAGAAUGCAAGAAAUUAAUAUCUGAAAAAAAGAAUAGUAUAUCUUCAACAGAAGACAUCAACAAAUUUGUUUUUUUUAUAAAGGGCCAUCCAGGUGAUUUUUAUGCUGUGGCUCGUAGAAAGAAAGAAAAAUUUUCAGUUAGGAACAAGUCAAGUAUUAACUCAACAGUAAUCAAUGAUUUUAUGAUUUUGUAUGCAAAUGUGGAUACUUUGACAAACAAAUUUGUGGAAUUAAAGUUUUUAUUAGAUUCUUGCAGAAGUGCUCCCAAGUUAAUUUUUUUAAAUGAAGUUAAUCCCAAAUAUUACAAGAUCCCACCAAGUCUAUCUGAGUUUCAAUUAAAUGGAUACCAGGUAAUAUCAAAAGGUUUUGCUGUCAAGGAUAGUCGUGGUUUGCUGGUUUAUUUCUGUAAUGAUCUUCCCAUCGCUGAAUUAAUUUUAUCAUCAUCAUUUCACGAAUAUAUCUGUGUUCAGCUGUCUUUGAAACUAAUAAAAUUAAAAGUUCUGUCUCUGUAUCGUAGUCCUGGAAGUUCUGACUUAAACAAUAUUUUAUUAUUACAGCUGCUUGAUGAAUUUUUAAAGUUGCCUGGUUUUCAUCUUAUACUUGGUGAUUUUAAUUUACCGGAUAUCAACUGGGGUUUUCAAGGGUCAACAGGCCCACCUGCAGGAAUAAAUAAUAUGUUUUUAAAUUUCAUCAAUGAUAAUUUUUUGAAACAGCAUAUUGAUCAACCCACCAGAGCUCGUGGUACACGGCAGCCCCACAUUUUGGACUUGGUAAUCACUGAUGUGGAUAUCAUCAAAAACAUAUCCUGUUUGGCACCAAUGGAAGCGGGUGACCACUCUGUUCUUUCUAUGGAGGUAUGUGGCUUCCAUGCGGUAAAACAUUCGGAUAUUAAAAAAUUCUGUUAA